UUUUUUUUUGUUUGUUUUUUUUAUAUCUUCUUAGCAGUGUCAUGGCGUGGAGUGUCCUGUGUUUGUGUUGUUGCCUUUCCUUUGCAUUAAUUUACACCAGUGUCCAAGGACAUCCGAAACAGCAUUCUGACUCUGAUGACCAUGAAAGCCACAUAAAAUCCCUGAACGAGGCGAACAAUGAGUUUGCUUUCCGCCUGUACAAAAGCAUUGUGUCUGGUGCUCAGUCCCAGAAUGUGUUCUUCUCGCCACUGAGUGUGUCCACCGCAUUGGCUGCGCUGUCUUUAGGAGCAGGCGGUGAGACUCAUCAACAGCUUCUCAGUGGCCUCGGAUUCGACACUUCUGCCUUCACCAGUGAGCAGAUUCAUCAAGCCUUCCUCAGUCUCCUCCUAAACUUCAAUCAGAGGACAGGGAUAGAUCUGAACAUUGGAACUGCUGUCUAUGUCAAUAAUACCUUUAAACCUCAUCCAGAAUUUCUGGAGAACCUUAAGCGGUUCUAUCUUUCCGAUGGCUUCUCUGUUGAUUUCACAAAUACCACAGAGACCACAAAUGAAAUCAACAAAUACGUAAGUGAAAAGACGCACGGCAAAAUCAACAAUUUUAUUGAAAACCUGGAUCCAGAGACCAUCAUGUAUCUGCUCAGCUAUAUAUAUUUUAAAGGUAAAUGGUGUGUCCCAUUUGACCCCAAAAACACUAGAGAGGAUCAAUUCCAUGUGGAUACAGAAACAACCGUUCCAGUUCAAAUGAUGUUUGUGAAGGAUGACUUUUACAGCUACUAUGAUCAUCAACUGGCUGUCAGAGUCCUUCGUUUGAAUUACAAAGGUUCAUUCUCCAUGAUACUGGCACUGCCUGAUAAAAAUAUUACCCUUUUGGAAGAGGCUUUGAGUCCACACCACAUCACUAAGUGGCAAAAAUGGAUGUCAGAAAGAACGUUCAGAGUCCACGUCCCUAAACUGUCCCUAAAAACAUCAUACUCUCUGUGCAGCAUUCUGUCUGAACUGGGAUUUAAGGAUAUGUUUACAGCUAACGCUAACUUCUCUGGGAUUUCUGACAAAAAAUUGUUAGUUUCUAAGGUUGUACAUAAAGCCACUCUAGAUGUGGAUGAAGCUGGAACCGAAGCUACUGGAGUGACUGGGAUAGGCUUCGUUCCCUAUUCUGCACAAAUAACUGAAACGCUGAAAUUUGAUCGGCCAUUUUUGACGUUUAUAAUUGACCAAAAAACAAACGAUGUCCUCUUUCUGGGGAAAAUUGCAAAUCCAGCUAAUUCUGAUGUCCAGUAG